GGUCCAGACUGGAGGGAGGGGGAAAGGUUGGGGGGAGGGGUUUGGGAAGAAGCUGGAAGGGCAAAGGUCUGCGGCUGAACCCGGACAGCUCGGAUGGAAAAAUAAAAGCGGCGGAAAAAGUUUCAGAAAUGGCUGAACAUACUAAUGAGAUCACUGAUCUGCAUUUGACAACGAGGUGGUGAAUUGGUGGCCAGAAUGUUGCAUUGUUUGACCUGAGACAAUGGGUGUCAAUGCAUCUAACUACCCUCACUCUUUCUCCCAGAGGGUAGGAGGAAACUCACAAGCUCAACAAACAUUUAUAGGAACAUCAUCCUAUUUACAUCAAGGAUAUGGAUGUGAAUCAAAAUUAUAUACCCUUGAACACAGCCAUGAGAAACCACAAGACAAAAAGAAAAAGAGUUCUGGUCUUGCAACUCUGAAGAAGAGAUUUAUAAAAAGACGUAAAUCUCAUCGGUCUGCUGAUCAUGCUAAGCAGAUGCGUGAGCUCCUUUCUGGAUGGGAUGUAAGGGAUGUAAAUGCAUUAGUGGAAGAAUAUGAAGGCACUGCAGCUUUGAAGGAACUUUCAUUGCAGGGUAAUUUGGCACGACCGGAUGCACGGACUUUGCAAAGAGAUUUGGCGGAUCUUUAUGAAUACAAGUACUGCACUGAUGUUGAUUUAAUAUUCCAAGACACUUGUUUUCCUGUACAUCGUGCUAUUCUGGCAGCAAGAUGUCCCUUUUUUAAAACUUUGCUUUCAUCCUCGCCUGAAUAUGGUGCUGAGAUUAUGAUGGACAUAAACACAGCUGGCAUAGACUUGCCUAUGUUUUCAGCAUUGUUACACUAUUUAUAUACUGGAGAAUUUGGCAUAGAGGAUUCCAGGUUCCAAAAUGUAGAAAUCCUGGUACAACUUACUGAAGAAUUUGGAACCCCAAAUUCACUGGAUGUUGAUAUGCGAGAACUUUUUGACAAUAUGUGCUACUAUGAUGCUGUUCUGAACUUCUCAUCUGAUUCUGAAUUAGUGGAAGCUUUUGGAGGAACAGCAAAUUGUUUAGAUGAAGAACUCUGUGGGCAUAAGGCUGUCCUAUCUGCACGUUCUCCGUUUUUUAGAAAUCUCCUCCAAAGACGAAUAAGAACUGGUGAAGAAAUUACCGAUCGGACUCUGCAGACUCCAACUAGAAUCGUGCUAGAUGAAUCCAUCAUUCCAAAGAAAUAUGCAAAAGUAAUUUUACAUUGUAUGUAUACAGAUCUUGUGGAUUUGUCUCUGGUACUACAUUGUAAUCCAUCUGUAGGGAGCCUGAGUGAGGUCCAAGCGAUGGUUGCAGGAAAAAGUAGCAUGUCAAGAGCUGAAGAAGCAAUGGAACUUUACCACAUAGCACUUUUUCUCGAGUUCAACAUGCUUGCUCAAGGUUGUGAAGAUAUUGUGAUGGAGAGCAUCUCCUUGGACACCUUGAUUUCUAUACUGAAAUGGAGUUCACAGCCUUAUGGAUCUAAAUGGGUUUAUCGCCAGGCACUUAACUUCCUAUGUGAGGAGUUCACCUCUGUUAUGGUUUCAGAUGUGUUCUUUGAACUGAGCAAGGACCAUUUGCCUUCUGUCCUUCAGUCAGACUAUUUACAGGCUAGUGAACAAGACAUCCUAAAGUACCUGAGUAAGUGGGGAGAGCACCAACUGAUCAAACAAAUGGCAGAAAGAGAGCCAAAUCUGUUGAGUGGAACUGCGCACAGUGUAAACAAGAGAGGUGUAAAGAGGCGUGAUCUUGACCUAGAGGAACUGAAAGAGAUCUUGUCCCCGUUGCUGUCUUAUGUUCGCAUAGAUCAUAUCCUGCCCCAAAACAGCGAAGUUCUUAAUGAUGCUAUAAAGAGAGGACUGAUUAGCACGCCACCAUCCGAUAUGCUGCCGACAGCAGAAAGUGGAAAAUCUCAUGCUUGGAUACGUCAGAAGAAUGCUGGAAUAUAUGUGAAGCCUCGUUUAUUUGCACCAUAUGUAGAGGAGGCAAAGGCUGUUUUGGAUGAAAUGAUGGUUGAACAAACAGAUCUUGUGCGACUGCGCAUGGUUCGCAUGUCGAAUGUACCAGACACACUCUACAUGGUGAACAGUGCCGUACCACAAUGUUGUCAUUUAAUCAGCCACCAGCCAAUAGGUACACCAUCCAAUCCUCCUACGAUCAUUGCCAAUGAAAUACCUGUCCCUCCAUUGAAUAUGGUGAAAGAUAUGAUCAGGCGUCUGCAGGAACUUAGACACACUGAUCAGGUCCAGCGUGCAUACGCAUUGAAUUGUGGAGAAGGAGCAACUGUUAGCUACGAAAUUCAGAUUCGAGUGUUGAGGGAAUUUAACCUCCCCGAUGCUGCUGUUGAGCUGCUUCAGAAUCCUCAUAAAUUCUUUCCUCAUGAACGAUUUGGUGAUGAGAGUCCACUGCUGGGUCUUCGUCAGCACAACCACUGUAGAAUAAAUAGCUCACCAUCUGCAGAAUACAGUGAUAUUGAACCUUGUGCUGCAUUCCAUCCAACUUUACCACCACCAUAUCAGCCUCCUGCACCCCCACCUCAUGAGAAACACAAGGUAGAUUGGAGGCAAAGGCUGCCAGGCCAAUUGUCAUCCCGCUCCUUGUCAUAUCCUUGUAACCGUUCUAUGCUAUAUCCAAUGAUAGCUUCCAGGCCUGUUUAUUCAUCUGGUGGCAAAGUAAUGCCUCCUGAUUGCACCAACUCUUCUGGACUGGUUCGGAUAGCUCCAGAGCUGACAAAUACUGAAGGUACUUUAAAUGAACUAAUGCCAGACAUUGCGAUGGGUGUGACAUCCUUGAGUAAUCUAUCACUGAAGGAUAGAAGGUUUCCAGAACGGAGUCUGAAUGCCGAAAUAAACCAAAUGGCUUCAGAUUCUGCAUCAUUUCCACGUCCUGCUCCAUAUAUACACAAUAGGCAUACACACAGUACGAGGAGGAAACCUGACCUGAAAGUGGAGUAUCCAGAUCUGUAUGACUUCUCUUCCAGCACAGCUUACCGAUCAUACACUCCAGGAACCAGCAGACGUACGCCAGCUUAUGCACAAGGAACAUUUUUGGGUCCAGACUUGUACAGUCACAAUAGGCCAGUAGCAGCAAGUUUCAAAAUGACCUCACUUUGCAGUGAAACCUCGAGUAAACCAGAAGAACCACGGAGAGAAUACUUGCUGCCUCCCGAAGUUCAUCAACCCCGACCCAGUGACCCGCCAUACUUUGAUUUCUUAGAGCAGCCUCCACACAGGUUGGACUUGGCACUUUUACAGGAGUCUAGUGGAGGGUCUCUGCAUACUAGAAGUAGGGGUUUAAUGGAGACAGAUCUAACCUAUGGCCUAACGGCAAGUCGAGCUUUGCGUGUGCCUUGUAGUUCUGAGAAUCAUGAGGCCACCUACAACAGAAGGUCAUCUGAUGAUGGCAUGCUGGAGCCAGGAGUCAGUGUCCAGCCGCACAGAAACAUUCAGAAUAGGGAAGAUACAUUAAGCCGAGAAAGGAGAUCACCAAGCAGACCUGAUCUUCCAUACAAAAAAUCUGCUCUUUAGUGAUGACUGCAUUAUUAACUUGGCUUUCAUAAUGUUUUGUAUAUAUAACAUUUCUACCUUGCUCUGAACUAUUUCUAGAUGGUUUUCUAUGACUUUUGUGAUAUCUUGAAGACCAUGUCUUGCACCAGUAUUUUCAUGCUUUCUAAUGUUUAAAUAGUCUGCUUAAUCGAGUUUACCAUUUUGAGAAAAAAAUGCUUGAUCUGUUACCUCCUUUUUACAGGUUUGUUUAAAAAUGUGGAUGUACUUUGUGUGUUGAAUUAAGGCUGUGUGAUAUUUAAUGGUGAGCUGUAUGUCUGAAAAGUAUUCUGACACCAAUUGAUGUAUUUUCUCAUUUUUGAGAAAGUUUAGUCUUAUUUAGAAUGGAUGGUAUUCUUUUGAAGUAUAUUCUAGGCAUUGGAAUACACUUACAAGAGAAGAUUAUCUGUAUUCCACUGGCCCACUGCCUGUAUUGAGAGCACAGAUCCUAGUCAAUCUGAAUCUGUAGUCUUAAUCUUGAGACAAUCAGAUUGCUGUGACAAUCGGUUUAUAAGAUUAAUGUUUUAAUAUAUGGAGAGAAGCUGAAUCCCAAAGGCAGAAAUCCUAGCAACACAGUAGCUAGAGUUCCAUCCAAAACUGCUGCCAUAUCUUUUGCCUUGUGUUGAUCUGUGGCAGGUUAUGUGAAACCUCUUUGGCCUUUCUCCUCAUUUGAUUAGGCAGCUGCUUCUCAAAUUUUUGAAUGAUAUGUUGGUCUCAUUAAAUUGUGUACUUUGAAGUAUUGGAAUCAAUCAACUAUUGAAGUGAAUAGCUAGAAUUUGAGGUCUGUUAUAUUUUAAAUUUACAUUUCCCCUUGCUGCAACCAGGUAGAUUUUGCAUAUUGCACAUAUUUGGGCUGUAUUACUCCCUUGUUGAGGGACUUUUCUGUUGUCCAGCAUGUGAUGAACUUCAGGCUCAAUUCCCAGGUGAGUCAAAUCCAAUGCUUUUCUCAGUUUUCAAAGACUUGUAUCGUCUGUUUGAAGGGGAAAUCGUGUUACACUAAUCCUAGAUAGAAGGUGAAAGUAUGUAGGGAGUUGGGUUUUUUAGUUUAGUUGUAGCUAAUAUAUGGAUUUAAAGAAAAAUUGCAGACAGAAACUUUUAAGUAGCUAAUAAGCUGCAACAAGCUCCGUAGAACUAGUGUUUUAGUUGUAAUCCGUCGUGGUAUUUUUAAAAUAUUAUUUGUAGUAUAAAACUGGAUUGACAGUUGUGCACAGAUGUUUACUUUUAUUUUUGUUUUUCCUGUUGUGUUUUUUGCAUGAUCAGAAUUAGAAGUAAAAUGGGAAGAGACAGGAUAGUGUGAAUGAUUAACUGACUGCCAGUUUACAGUGCAAAGCAUGGGUAACAGAACUGAUCUCUUCACUGCUACUAUGCAAUCUAAUCAUCUGUCGCUAGUGGUAUUACAAUCAAAAUGAUCUGUUAAGAUGUAAAACUUGAGAGCUGCAAUAUAAUCAUGAAGGUUUGUUCCUGAUGAGCAACUUUUUAAGUGAAUUUCAGCUGUUGUAGAACUCCCUGCUCUGAGUUAUUAGCUUGUGAGAUUUGCUUUGCAAAGACUUGAGUAUAAAAUUGAGGGGCUCAGGCUAAGAUAUUUAUUAAACAGAGGCCUUGCUUGCUUGCUUUUUCUCAGGUGGAGAUAAAAGAUCCUAAGGCACUAUUUUGAAGAGCAGCAGGGAAAUUCUCCUGAACAUCCUGACCAAUAGUUACUCCCUAACCAACAUCUCAGAAUAGAUUCUUUAGAUAAUAUUGCAUUAUUCCUUUGUGGAGCCUAGCUGAAUACAAAUUGACCGCUGCAAUUCUGACAUUACACCAAGACUACACUUCAAAAGUACUUCAUUAGCUUAGGGAUGUCCUGAGGUUAUGAAAGGCACAACAGAAUUUUAUUUUUGUUACCCCUGGUGCAUGGAGAUAUUGCUUUCAGGGAAGUGGGGUGGGGGAGAAAAACAUUCUUGUCUAUCUCAAAUUACACCUAGGCAGGUGUAUUGUUUCCAGAUGUACCUUUAGUUUUAAAUAAGAUUUUACUGGAUUAAGCAAAUGCUUGAAAAUUAGUUUUGCUCAAACUGUUUUUAAAAGAAUUUGUUGCUUCUGCUCAGCAAUUUUUCAAGUGUUUCUUCAAAAUUGUAAAAAUGUAAUAUGCCUGGAAUCUGUCUCAUCGUUAAAUGUAGAAUAAUCUAACUGUCCCAGUAUACAGAACAGUAUCUCAAAGCUGCCUGAACUGCUGCUACAUUUUUAUAUUGUUCUAAUGAGCUGUGUAUCUUAUUUUGCUUUCCCUACCAACCACCAAAUGCAUGCUCUUAAAAUGCUGUGGUUUAUCAAUUUAACAUAGGUUGAAUGUUAGACCUGUACAAAAUCUUGGAAUCUCUUUAAAGAUGAAGUUUUGGUGUUUCAUAGCAAAAGAUUUUUAAAACCUUGCAUUUAGUGUUAAUCUUUUCAAUGAUUUGUUUUGGAUUCUUCUGAUCGAAGCUGUUACUGGGAUACAAUGAAGUGCCUUCUAUACUAAAGGCUCAAGUAUCAGUAAUGUUGAUCAAAUGUCCUAUGCAAGUGUUUUCUACAAACUGCAUAACCAUCUUUGUAGGUUCUCCUAUGCUUCAAUGUAUAUAUUGUUUUUAAAGAGACUAUUUUUAUUUGAGCAUCUUAGCAAGAUUAUUAUUGCUUAAUAAGAUGCAUCUCCCUAUCAAGUAUCAUGGUAGUUGUACAGAAUCUGAUCUAUUUUUCUACUAUUCGGGGUGAGAGAAAAGCAUGUAACAAAUUCAACAUUGCCAUAAGUGGUGUUUCAAAUAAAUGGUCUA